CUGGUUUCAGUUUUCAUUAAUAGGAUUCUGACCAGCAAGUUGCAGUAAUAUAAAGAGAUGACUGGCGUUUAAUUUUUUCAGUCACGUUAUGAGUACGAAAGUGAAUUUACGGUUAGAGAGCUUUUGAAGAGCUUUCGGUGCUUUUCGUUGUGCGAUAAUACUGGUGUCUCAAAAUAUACUGUCAAGAUUUGUGUUGUGUUUGACCUUCAAUAGGACUUAACUUCUAAGAGAGGUUUGUGAAAUAUAAGAAGUGAGAUGCCGGCGACCUGCAGAUAACCUCAACGAUGAUCCUCAGGCAGCUGCCGCUCUAACAAGUCCCCAAAACAAACAAAGCCCGAUCACAAACAAGGCAUGACGGUCCAAAAGGAAGACAAGGGCGUAGCGCGCUCCGUCCUGGAUGUAUUGGUGUUCCUAUUAACAGCGGUGUACCUGAUAUUGAAAGCGAUAUACGAGUCCUGCCUGCCAUCCACGCACCUACCAAAAAAGGACAUCAGAGGACAAAUUGCGCUGGUUACGGGAGGUGGAGGAGGACUGGGUAGACUGGUGGCACUUAGACUUGCCAAGCUCGGUGCCACCAUUGUUUUAUGGGAUAUUAAUGAAAAGGGUGUAGAAGAGACAAUAGAAUUAGUAAAAGGAAUAGGUGGUAAGGCCUAUGGAUUCAAAUGUGAUAUUGCUGACACAAAAUCUGUGUAUAGUGUAGCUAAGCAAACUCAAAAAGAAGUAGGUGAUGUAACUAUUUUAAUUAACAAUGCAGGAGUCGUGUCAGGCCAACUACUGCUUGAUACGCCCGAUCAUCUCAUAAGGAGGACAUUCGAUGUCAACAUAAUAGCUCAUUUUUGGACUGUGAAAGCAUUUCUACCAAAGAUGAUAGAGAAAGGCCAGGGUCACAUAGUGACGGUAGCCUCCAUGGCAGGCUACGUUGGAAUUAGCAAAUUGGUAGAUUACUGUGCCAGUAAAUUCGCAGCUGUUGGAUUCGAUGAAGCACUUAGAGUAGAACUGGAGCAACAGGGUAUCAAAGAUGUGAAGACAACUGUAGUGUCUCCUUACUUCAUCCAGCAAACAGGGAUGUUUGAGAAUGUCAGAAGCCGAUUUUUUCCAACGCUAAACAGCAAUCAAGUAGCUGACCGAAUAGUGGAAGCGCUUGUCAGAGAGGAAUAUGUAGUGAUGUUACCAACGAUCUUCAAGUACUUGACCGUACUUAAAGCGAUGGUACCAUGGUCAGCAAUGGCGUUAUUCAUCGCAAACUUCAUCCCUGAUCCCAGCCCACACAACCAAGGCAAUCCUGUCGUUCAAGUGAAAAACGCUGAUGAGAAAAUCAAGCCAGUUAAGAACAACAGCAACAGUAUUUUGUCAUCGUCUGUGACACAACUGAACAAACGUUUGGUGUUGACUGGGAAGGACCUUUGACGGUAUUUUGUUUAUAUGUUAUUGUAUAUAAGUUCUGAGGUUUUUAUAAAUAAGACACGUUAAUAAACUGUUUUCCAUGAUGUGUGUUC